UUAUUGUUGUCAUUUUCGUUAACCCUUUCAGCAACUCGAGUUAAAAACCCUCAAAUGGGUGAAACCGCUGAAGUCCAAACUCCGGUUUCAGAGAAAAUUCCAGAGAAACCGAAGAAAAAGCCGAACUCCGGAGACUUAAAGAGGAAGAUUUCAGCUGAUGGAGAGAAGUCUUCAUCCCUGUGGAAUAACAGCAGGAGUCUGAGAAGGUCAGGUCGUGUUUUCUCUUCAGAUUCCGACUAUAACUGCUGCAUUAUCGUCGUUAUUCACCACCGAUAAGUCACGUAACGUUACAGCUGAUGUGGGUCAACCACAUGUACGCAUGAAAGCAAUGUGUUUACAUGUGUAUGUUUAUGAAUAUGUUUCCUUUUAAAUAUCCGGUGUUUUAAUACUGAGAAACAAAAAAAAAACUCGACUUGGAAAAUUACCUCAAAAUACCCCCGAAGACUUCCAAUCCAGACAUCCUUCUAAUGCCAUUUAAGUGUAUCGUGAUAUUUGCUGUUGCAUCAUCUCGCCACUAGAUGUCAGCAGAGGACCGUUAGAGACUGGAGCGGGUAAACCACUGAAACCUGUUUUUAACCCGUUUUCACUCGUGUGUUUGCCGGAGAAAUCUACAAACUUUUUGUCCUUUUCUUGACCACUGCUCAAGCUGUGCAAACUACUAAAAAAGCAGAGUUUAAAAGUGAGAAUAAAGGGCAGAUUUGAGUUUGAGUAGGGGAGAGUGGGGUAAGUUGAGCCACCCUCUGUUGCUUGGAAACAGUUAAAUAAAUUGAUCAUGUGACCAAAUAUUUUGGACAUGGGCAUUAAUAGACAGAGAGACUGAAGGUCCUUACACACCGGGGCAGACGUGAAUACAGAACGCUAAAUCACGAAAUAUUCAAAUGCGAAUUUUGACUAUACAAAUCAAGCCCGAGGCGAUGUUGUGACUUUCCGGGGGGAAAAAGACGCAUCCCGGGAAAGACUUUUCCUGGGGAAAGUCCCGCCUCUUCGCCUCCGAUUGGCUUGAAAAGCUGGAAAGGUCAUCACACGCUCAAGCCAAACGGUCAGCACUUAUAGCCAAUCAGAGGCGAUAAGAUAAGCACAUAAAACUAUGGUAACAACCGUUAGCUUACGUUAGCACAGAUGAAAGUUAAAACAAAGACGUUUAGUAAACUGUUUAAGUACACAAACCAUCGUCAUAUGUCGUCCUUCAGGUCGUUAUCUUUGUAAUAUUUGUGUUUUUUUAUCAAAAAUCACUCUGUUCUCAGACACGUAAACAAUCAGCCGGUCGGCCAUGUUGAAUAUACAGGUGAAUCUGACGUCACAACAACACGAAAUCUGAUUGUCUAACUAGUGUAUCUGCAGAUACACGAGUUAGAGACAAAACUAUGAUUACCUUGAUGUAGUGAUCCGAAAUAUGAAAAAUGGCUCAUCUUACCCCACUCUCCCUUAUGUGAAUUUCCACAGCUGAGGAGUCUGGGCUAGUCUCAGUCACCCUCAUAGACGACCCAGUCAGGCUCAUAGGGAGUCAGUAGUUUACAGAUAUAGACUGAGGCCAUUCAAGGCUCUGCAAACAAGCAGUCAAAUCUACAAAUCAAUUACAUGUUUGCUUCUCCUGCUGUUUGUUAAACCCAGUCAGUAACAUUUCAGGUCAGUUGCCGUCAUUGAAUGUUAAGCUUGUUGUUGCUUUCAGAUCAGUUCAUCUGGUCCCUCUUCUGUGACAUUUGAGUGUUUGCUGGAGGGGAACGAAGGAGUAAUGUUUACAGAAACCCCAAAAUAAGUCUUUUAAUGUGGGCAUGUGAGGAUCGUUCAAGACAAGCUUAGAGGAAUUUAAGGAUCCCUAAAUAUAACAGCAAAUUCCUGCUCCAAAUUUAGCAAAUACAAAACUAUUUGAUGUUAUUGGAGGUCGUAAUGAGUCGGUUUGUUGGUGCAUUUUUGUUUUGUGGAUGGUCUCAAGGCGAUACUUGUGUUUGUUUAUUUCCAACUAGAACUUUUGUUUGAAACUUCAGUAAAGAUGAGCAAAAAACGCGGCGCUUUACAUACAUUAUUAUUCUGAAUCCAGUAAAUGAAACCAUUUUUUUUAACUGUAUGCACGUAAGCAAGUGGCCAUCAUCAAUGUGCUCUGUGGUAGAACUUAUUCACAUCAAUAGAUUGAGAUGUACCCCGUCAUCAGACAAGCAGCCAGUAUACAACAACAGUAAUCAGUAUGUUUUUGGACGGUAAACUCCUGAGAAUGUUUAUAUUGGACUCUUUGGAAAGGCUUUCCAUGCUGCAUGCCAGUUUGCCCCAGUCCUGUCCAGUGCACGACAGGCUCUGCAGACAAACAUGGAAAAACAUCACCCAACGUUUGACCUCCAUCGCAAAGUUUAUGGAAAGAAACAUUAACUCUGAGUGAGAGAAAAUAAGGUUUGAUUUCCCAAGUGAGGUUGGCAUUAAAAUACUCGACUGGCAGUGGAAUUUUUCAUGCUGCCAAACACGUGCCGAUUCGGCUGAGGCUGAUCCAAAGCUCUUGAACCCUGCGCUGAAAGGUUAUUGUCCAUGUAAAGCACCAAGGUUGAAACAUUAUGUCUGGGUUUUAUUCAUGUUCUGUGAAUGGAGUUUGUGUCACAGACGUGAACGUGUAUUCGGUAAACGUCACGCAACACUAAAAUGAUGAAGAAAUCGCAGGUUUUUCUUUAUCAGCUGCAGUUUUACUGACCUUCAAAUGACGCUAACUGAGGAGUGUCAGUUUGAACCUCAUUAAAUUCCCUGAUUGAGCAAUGUUAAAAAAAAACACACACCUGAAGCGACUUCUCACGACCAAUCACAUUUAUCUAUAACAGGUUAAUAACAUUAAUAGGCAUAAAAAGAGAGGCCUAUUCUCUUAGAGGUGACACUGAUAUGAGUCCAUGUUACUGAAUUUAUGAACCCUAAAGAGGGUUUUAGCUUCCACGUCCGGCCCUGUUGCUCUGGUGUGUGAGUCUCCUUGUUUAUGAUCCCCAUAGUAUCACAGUGGUAAAGAUAAGGAGGGGAUGUUUACGCAGGAGGGGUUGUGUGAGAUGAUUCAGUUCCAGAGUUGCCCAGUUUUAGCAAAUAAAGGCAGGGCUAACCGGGAUGCUAAUCCACUGACUCAUGAGCCUCUACAGAUUACAGCAGGUUCAGGACUAGAAAAGACCUUUGUCCCCCCCGGCUGGAGGCACAAAUGAACAUCGAUCAGGUGUUCAUGACAGAGUCACACACGCAGAGGGUAUCUGCUUUCAAAACAGAGUAUGUGUGGGAAACACGACAUCGGAUAGGCCGACCUCCAGUGAGUCAGUUUGUACAAAGAAGCAGCUGAUAUUUACACCCUGACUAAGAUGGCUUCAGUAUCAAUGUAUGCAUACUGUACAUCACACGUAAAAAAGGUAAAAAAGCAGGUAUUAUCGCCGCUGUGAGGAGCUCUGAUUGUUCUCAGUCAACUGUUUCUUACUAACAUGUUCAGUGAGAGGUCGGCGGAGAGAACGGUUCUUGUUUUGUGCAAAUAAAGUGACAAUUAUUUACUUUUUUUUACUUAAAUUUUAUUUGCAUUAUUUAAACAUAACAGAAAAAAAGGCAUACGGUCAUUCAAAAGAAGAAUCUAAAUAAAAACAAACAAACAAAAAACAUGGUGUCAUUCACAGAGAAGACAAUAAAAUUGUCCAUGGAGGCUCCAUCAAAGCUGUCCGUUUUUCUAAUUAAUGUGAAUAGAUUCAUAUUUGAUCCAUUUUUCCCACUUUCGGGUGUUUAUUCUUGCUGGAGUCGUAGAGCGUGUUUUAGUUUCUCCAUUUCAUAAAGUUCUUCCACCGUGUCCAGGCAGUUUUUCUGAUUGGGUUGAAAUUCCUCGUGAUGGCCUUCUCUGACGCUGCAAGAAGUAUUUCAGUCAAGUAUCUGUCUUUGUAUGUUUUCCUGCGUAAGAUUACCCAGGUACAACAUCGAAGGUCAUGGGUCAUAUUUUUCUUAAGGUCCUUUCACACCAUGACCGUUUUUUUCGUGUGAUUAUUUCGAACGUCAAUAUUUUUUUCUCGAACCCGUAUCCUGUCAAUACAAGCGUUCACAUCAGCGACGUUUUCCCGUCCUGCGAUAUUGCGCCAUUUAUUUUUUUCCAGAUAACGGUCGAUUUUUUUAAAGUUACUCGCAUACUGUUUGUCCACUUCUGACUGAUCAGAUUUCGUGUUGUUGUGACGUCUGAUUCACCAGUAUAUCCAACAUGUGACGAUGGUCUGCUGCUCACCAGACUUUGAUAAAACAGCGAGAACUGGUCUUUUAACUUGAUUUCUGUAUGCACACUGAAACAAUCAGUCUGUUUUGCUCUCCUUGGAGAUCUGGCGUAAUCUCUUUAUUAAAAUAGUCUCUGGCCUGUAGUCUUGUUUGUCCAAAUCGUAUUCUCUUCUCAGUUUUAGAAAGCUUUUGUCUUUUCCCUUUUCAGUAAUUGUGUUUCUUUUCCCAUUGCUCGAACCUGUGGUUCAAAUCCCCUGGUUUAAAAUUUUCGUCGUAUGCCACCCAUCUCAAAAUCUUUAUUUCUUUUUCCAGGUUGAACCAGAUUUCCAAAUAAUUGACUUUUUUAAUGGUAAAAAUCCACAAAUAGAGGAUCAGACUUUUUAUGCAUCGCGGUACGAACUCCCCCAGCAGGAGGGGUAAGCAAGGGAGCGCUUUAUCUGACUGUCUGUGUUUGUUUACAUCCCCGUCGUAGAGCAUUAUAUAAUCAUGGCAGCUGUAACGACAAGACAGCAACCCCAGCUAGUCCCUUUUUUUUCAGUCUGAACACUUGUAAUGAUGUUCCCGUUGGCUGUGAUGGAUAAACAGUGCGGUAGGAUGUGGUAUGUAUGUGCUUGUGUCUGCAUUAACUCCAGCGAUGUUUUACUCUUUGCGUUUCUUUCGUGACCGCCUGAUGACCUCUCCCCUUGAUGAGCUAACUUCCUCUAACCUCUUCCACUGUUGCAAAUAUUAUUGCCUCUUUUGGCUCCGCUCACCAAAGCACAUUUGUUUAGUUUCAACAGAGAUAUUAAGUCAAUGAGCGGAAGACUGGUUAUGUUUAAUUGCUGCGGGCUCUCAUCCACUGUCAGAUUCCCAGCAUGCCUUUCAACAUGAGUGUGAGAAACUGGCUACACCUACAGCUAAAGCCUGAUGAUAUAACAGUCGUCUGAUGGACUCCCUGACUGGCUCCGGGGUCAAUGCUUGUCAUAUUUUCAGCCACAUGAAGCCCAGUGACCGCCCUCCUGUCUGGAAGUCUCUGACUUACGUGCAGCCUGGAUCUGUGUCUUACUGUAGCGGAGGCUGUCAUCAGGUUACACAACAGGAGUCCACAUCGGGCUCAGAUUUUGGUAAUAUAUGGAAAGCUAGGAAGUUGUGCACAUGAAUCAAAUGAAUUUAAAGGUCGCUGCUGAAACUGUUCUGCACUUUUCUUUUUGAUCGCUGCAAAACGCUACGUCAUUAACAAUCCCCGUUCACAUCCGGGUCAGCUUCAGAGGGAAUUUCAGUUGUCUUAUUAAGACACCAGGGGUGCACCGAUCACAAUUUUCUGGCCAAUCACCGAUCUGUAAAAAGCUUGACCUGCUGAUACCGAUUUAUUUUUUACAACCGACAACAUUCACCUUUGAUGCUCCGAUCUUAUUUUAAUGAAAAAACAUUCAACAAUACUUUUGGAACUGCACAUGUGGUAGUUCCCUCAAAUAGAAAUGAAAAGUUUCGAAUAUUGGUGUCCAAACUACUAAAUUCUAUCAGUUCUUUUAGACUUUUAUUUUCCACAUUAUAAAAAUUAACAAUUGUGCAUCAAAAUAAAAUGCACAGCAGUUUUUUGCUUUUACAAAUAAAGGAAAUCACGAGGUUUGAGGAAGUUUGUAAGAUAAAAAUCCACAGGACAAACUAACAAUAAAACUUAAACCACCAAUAAACUGUCCUGAGUUUUAGGUUUCCUUGUAGUGAGUUCAACAUGUUUAAAUGAUCAUGCUCCGACCGUGACCUGGUGGGCGGGCCUGUCAUUCCGGCGAAGCAAAAAGCUACAGCGGCUGAUUUUCAGACCUUUGCUGAGCUAGAUAAAAUCUGUGAAUAAAAUCAGUUUCAGAUGUACGGAUCAGCCGAUCACAGAUCCUCCAAAAUUGAGGAAAUCAGCGCCGAUCAGUCGGUCGGCUGAUUUAUAGGUGCAUGUUUCUAAAACCCUUUUAUAAAAAUACCUGCAGAUGAAUAAUAACAAAUAAAAAGGCUGCAGUAUGACCGCCUUUUUACGUCACACCCCUCGCCGAUGCUGCAUUAGGAUUUUCAUGAUAUUCAGACGUUGUCGUCAUUAAGCUCCUUCCUCUUUAUUAUCCGAGACACUCCAAAGAAAGAGCGUGUGCUUCGUUUAUGUCCUGGUUCCUGAUAGAUUUUUUUUAUACACAAAGGUUGCAUCACUUCAGAUUGAACACACCCUAGAGAGUUUCUCAGCAACAUAAAUUUAAUCCCACGACAACAACAGAAGAGAUGACGACAUACAGUCAACAGUUUCCUUUUAAAGUUAGUCAUUUUUUACGGCUCGUAGGGGGAGUUUAAAUUCACAGCAACUGGAUGAAGAUAACUUCCUAUCCGGUCAUCAGAAUUGCAGAAUACCGCAGAGAGGGAGCGGCAAACCCACAAUCUCAAAGUCCUGUGAUCGUCACCUCGCACAGAGAAAUCAGUGUGGUUAAAACUCCUUCAAACUUUGACGUCAGGCGGUGUAGUCUACCUCCUGGUGCGGUCGCAGAAAAACCGGCGCUCUGCAAACUCCAGGUGGUCAAGAGCACAUUGAGCUGUAGGGACUUAACUCAGCCCCAGCAACACCUGCAGUGACCUUUGACCCCUGGCUGCAUUCAGGACACCCAGGGAGCUCCUCUCUCUCUCCUCUCUUUAGCUGCUGUUGUUUUUCUCUCAGCACAUGCUGUUUAUCCAGAACACCUUACAGUAUCAUCAGCGCGUACAUGUCUAACCUGGGUGGUCUCAGCGCCCGGGUCUGUGGGUGUGACCCGCUGAGCGCCCUAGGACCCGUCUGCUCACACCUUUUGGUUUUCAUGCGAUCCUCUUUUCAUGAAACGUGUCCUUAAAGUUUCUCUGUAGCAGCAGCUGAUCGAGUCCUGAAAUACUGGGUGGUUGCAGCCUCUCAGGGUUAGACUCCGUCAUACCGGUUUCAUUCCUGACGCAGAUCGAUGCAGCAAUACGUGGUGUGUUGAAACUUUUGAUGAUGCAAAGCUUCUUAAAAGCAGGUUUGUAACAUGUUUUCGAGGACAGAGGAGACGCACACAAAGUCAAUUUGCAUGUUCAGCAGCUCUUAUCUGAAUAUUAUUUCACAACCUGUUUGUAUAUCAGGACUGACUUCAUUAAUGCUCGUAAAGCAGAUCUUCCUUUAUAUCGUGAGCAGAUUUUCACUCAUAGAAAUCUGGAUUUAGAGAGAUAAAAUAGUAAAACCGCAACAUUUUGACUUUUGACUUCACAGUCAUGUACUUCAGUUUCAUCAUCGUAUAUCCACGAAGAAUGUAACAUCAGCUCGACUGAUCCAGCAGAUCAGGACAGGCUUUACAUCUGGGAAGCUGCAAAGCUUUAAUAAAUAACAAAACCAUCUGAGUCACUUAAAGCUUCUGUGAAGAAAUUUUAGUUUGUGCCAGUUUUGGCGCCCCCUGUGGACAAAUCAGUCUUUGCUUAUCUUAAAGGGAAAUUCUGGCGUAGAAUUAAUGUAGGGUCAAAGACACCGUAACACCGAGUUAGACACCCCAACAGCACCUAACUUCAUCAACAGGACAUAUAGGGUCACAGCCAUAGAACUAGACACCAAACAUCUUUUUAACUUUGACUCAUUUCUUUAGCAAAGAGACUAAACACAACUCACCUACUCUCUUCCAGCAGCCGCUUGUUUGUAGCGAGACCUCAGGCCAGUCCAUUAUGGACUACAGCGGGGUCACGCAGCUCAAGGAAGAACAUUUAUGAUCAUUACUUUAUCAUUUCCUUGAAGUAAUAAUCACCAUAUUAAUCAUCUUGCUCUGCAGACGUGGUCGUUCUUCUGUCUUAGCGUCUCUGUCUGAUUGUAUUUCCAUGAAGAAAUGAUCAUAAAUGUUCUUCCUGGAGCUGUGUCGCCCCGCUGUAGUCCAUAAUGGACUGUCCUGAGGUCUCGCUACAAACAAGCGGCUGCUGGAAGAGAGUAGGUGAGUUGUGUUUAGUCUAUGUACUAAAGAAAUUAGUCAAAGUUAAAAAGAUAUUUGGUGUCUAGUACUAUGUCUGGGACCCUGAACCAUUUUUGUGUAACAGUCCAGUACAAGUUUAGCACCAGUAUUAAAUUUGUAGUUCGGCCUUUUAUUAAACCAGGACUAAUAAACAGUGAAUCGGUCAUAGCCAUAGUAAACAGCCAUAGUCCCACAAAAUACACUUAAUAGCAACAAAUAACUGUGAUCUAUUGGAAGAUAUAGAGUAGUUAGUUAGUUAAAUUUUCCAUUUAUUAAAGUAUAAUUAUUAUGUAAGUCAGAAAAGUCUCACGUUAUUAUGUGUUUUUGAUAUUGUCGCUCUAAACUUUGAAAGACUGGCGAUGCUUCCCUCAGAAUCUUGCAGAUGUUCGGUUUCUCUCGGCGGACUGUUCGAGUGACUCAUGACUCUCUCAGCUCAGGUCCUGACCCGGCGUUAUGCCGGGAUUAGAGUAGCUGUGAUGCUGCAGCUGCCUGUAGGUGGACAGUUGCCGUGUCACUGGAGAAAGGCCAACUGGAGCAACAGUAGCGGAGCAGCAGUAUGACAGGAAUGACUCGGCCUUACCAGCAGCUCUGACCCGACACACGAACACAACAAGUGUUUCUGGGCAGCUCCGCAUUCUCCGGAUGCUGAUGCCUUUUUAGGUCCCGCCAUCUGGGGCCCCCCAAGACAUUAAAUGUGUGAUAUUAUCAACUGCUCUGACACCAUUUAUGAUCAUGUGUGAGUCUCUGAUUGGAUUAUGUAAGCUGCGCUCUGCAGGAGGGUUUGAUUCAUCGCUCUGUCACGUCUGCUGAGUGUGAUACACCGACGCUGCGUGAAGCUUCUCUUAAACAUCCUCCACAGCGUCUCAACAUUUCAUCUUUUGUUUGCAUUUUCAUGAGUUCAAGUUUGAGGGCAGGAGGAUAUGGGAAGUAAAAUCACACCGCAGUUAUUGUCUCAGAUUUUAAAUCACCGAUAUGAUUCAUGAUUUGUUUUAACCGAAACCGUUUCAACGAUUAACUGGAAUUGUGUUGGGUCUCUGUAACUCUGUACUUUUUUGGUAAAUGCACAUCAGCUGCAAAUAUUGAUCAUCGAUCUCAUGAACUGCUUACAAAAAACAGAUAUCAGACUGGAUUAAUAUGUUUAAAUGUCUUUCAAAAGUCCAAUUUAAUCAUCUGAAAAAACAAUACUUGUUAAUCCUUUAUACCAAAAUAAAUCUGCCUUCACUAUUUAAAAUGGUGUUAUGCUUCUUUCAUUUAGUUUAUACUCAUUUAGCGUUUGCUUUAACUCUCAAAGUUCAAAGACCAGUUCAGGUCCGAAUGAGAUGUUUACAAGUGCAUCGUGCAGCAGACUGUCAUCUUUGCAUGUAUUUCAGUUGUAGACGGAUACAUCCAUUCAUGUACUUAGUAUUGUUUUAUUAAGUCAGGCCUGUGAUGUUGCAGGUUUUAGGCGCCCAUCAUACCCACAAAUGAAAACAUCUGUGAUAAACCAAUAUCUGUCUUUUAUUUUGUUUUUUUGAAUUCCAUCUUUAUAGCAUUUCUGUGAAAGUCAGCCUGUUUCCCCUCUGUCUGAGAUGUCUCCACAUUUUAAAACUAUAAAACAUCUCUACACACGGACAGAGUUGGGUUCCCUCUCUCCGCAGUCAUCGUCUGACUUUUGUAAUCCGCUCGCCUGGUUUCAUAAGUCGCACACUCGGUUAUCCUUGUACGGCAGCGCUGAGACACACUUUCAUUGAGCAUUUCAUCAGUGUGAAAUAGUGCUUCAAUAAAAAUCCAAUUUAUUGUUGUUAUAAGUCAGAUCUGAGGAGCCGCUUUGAAGUCUUUCCUCCGGCUGUGUAACCAUCCGUGCUCUGAGCGGGAUGUGUUGUGUAAUCGUCCUCAGUGUGGCCUUCUCCGGCCCUUCAGAGUCACACAGGUUGAAGAUGAGUUGUUUGACAUGAGAAGGAUUAAGGGUAUGCACGGCUGGUUUUUGAGGGGAGUGGACAAUCCCACCGUGGAGUCCCAAAAAAGGGCAAAGCUGUCCCCCCGAGAGAAAAUCCCAACAAAAGGGCCGUUUGGGCUGAGUCCAAGUCUUUAGGCACCAGGAAGGUGUGAAGGAAAUGACUCCUCCUCCAGGUCUCACAGGAGUAUUUGGGUGGCUCAGAGGUUGAUAAGGUUCCUUUGAGGACCGGGAGGAUCCUUAUCUGUCAGUCCUGGUCUGAGGUGGAGGACUCUGAGGCGGCACCAUGCUGAGGCUGUGGUAGGUAACGGGGUGAAUGUUUUCUCAGGACACAGCUCUUCCCUGACUCACUCGUUCCCAUUAUGCAUGCUUUGUCAUCUGCUAUACUCACUCUUCCGCUGGGACUCCAGGUCAGAGUGGACUCCAUGGUGGUUUACAUAAAUCUGGUGCUUCUUAGUUUCCCUCACGGUUGAUUCACAGAGGUGGAUUUUGCAGGAUUACUCUUCUAGGUGCAAAACCGAGAAUUUUGCACACUCAUCGGUGGUCCAUGCAACAACAGGCCUUGCUUGUGCGGCUGAGCGUGCGUUACACUAAUAUAAAGUCACCCUCAACUCUGCUGUUGUUUUUGUUCAGGUCCAUACGGAGAGGAAGCUCCUUCACCUUCCUCACACCCGGACCACAAUGGGACUUCAGUCUGGUGAGUUCAGACCUCUUCAGUCCCACUUUACUGAUGACAAAAGUCCACUUUUCCUCAAACUGAAGCUCUGUUUUUUUAUUAAAAUCAUGAACUUUGCAAAAUGAAAAGAAAAAACAAGGAAGCAGAGUCAUAGUUGAAGUUUUCCACAAUGUUGGUUUUCUUGAAUAUGUAAUCCAAACAGACUGAACAACGAGUUAGACAUUGCCAUCGAGAGAUAAAUGUUAAAAAAUAAAGACCGCUUGUUUCUCUAGUUCAAUCAAUCAAUCAGUCUUUAUUUCUACAGCACUUUUCAUACAAAGUGCUUUACAUAGAAAAAGGGGGAAAAAAAAGAAACAAAGAAAACCCAAAUCUACCCCAGCCCAACCCCUCAUUCCCACCCCCUGAUCUGAAUGCAACAGAAACAGAAUUAAAAUGCAUAAAUUUGAAAAAGGCUGGAUUUAGUGGAAACAGGAAUGUGCGCGCUGAGGAAACUCAAGAUAAGGAAACACUGGAGGUUUAGGUCAAAAUCUAAAAACAAAGUAACAGAAUGAAAUUUAAGAAAUAAUAAAUAAAAUGAAAUAAAAUAAAAACAACAGUAAAAGAUACUAAAAUAAGAGCACCGGAAAAGCUCAAUAAAAGACGAUCCUGUCAUUAAAACUAGACAGAGAUAAAUGCUAAAACACUUCAACAAAGUUAAUGAGAUAAAAUUUAGUUUGUGCUCCUUCACCAACUUUAGUAACGACCGCAGGAUAGCAAUACAGAGAGCCACGCCCCCAACCAAAACGCCACUCUAUAGCCACAAAUAAUGCUCAGAACAGCACCUAACUUCAUCAACAGGACAAAUAGGGUCACAGACAUAGUACUAGACACCAAACAUCUUUUUAACUUUGACUCAUUUCUUUAGCAAAGAGACUAAACACAACUCACCUACUCUCUUCCAGCAGACGCUUGUUUGUAGCGAGACCUCAGGCCAGUCCAUUACGGACUACAGCGGGGUGCCGCAGCUCAAGGAAGAACAUUUAUGAUCAUUUCUUUAUGGAAAUACAAUCAGACCGAGACGCUAAGACAGAAGAACUACCGUGUCUGUAAAAUGAUUAAUAUGAUGAUUAUUACUUCAAGGAAAUGAUAAAGAAAUGAUCAUUAGUCAAAGCUAAAUCCCACUUUAUUAUCAUCAACGUUAGAACAAAGGUACCAAAGAGGAGAAGCUUGGAUGCAAGUUGGUGUAUUUGAUUAUAUUCAAAGUGAAGUAGACGAAGCAGAACUCGUCGUGCUUCAGCUUGUUCGCCGCUUAAACUUCGUUCAUGACUAAUCCAGAUGAAAAGUCCGUCUGAUAUUUUAUCACCAGCUCACCUCUUCACGAGCGCACGCAAGAAAUUAAUCCCUUUAGAGGACGAUCUGAUCUGAACACAAGACAGGGUUUACACACACGUACACACCCUGCAGCUCACAGAGCCGUCUGUGCAGGCAUAUGAAACAGGUAACUACAAUAAACAACACAUCUAAAAUAAACACACACUCCACUUUAAUGCUCAUGCAACACCUGCUGCUCCUCUCCACCUGUCCUCUCUGCACCCGCUGAAGCUGUAGAAGACUGAACCAAGUUUACAAGAUGGCAAAGGUCGUGCUUAUAAAUACUAUAGCUGCAUGGAUGUGGUGACACUUUGAGGAUUUUCAUACUUUAUGCCGAACAUGUUGUAUGAUUGGUCAAAUCUGUUCUGCCCCUGCAUUCAUCAAUUCUCAAGGAUUGGAAACUUAUUAAAAGUAAACCCAGAGUGUCUUUAGCAUAUUUACACCCUCAAGCCUCUAUUGCAUUAGUUUUAAUUUCCUUUUCUCUGAAAUAAAAAUUAAUAAAGAAAAACAACGUGUGAGGUGGUCCAAAAGCAAAGACAGCGGUGCCGAGCAGCGAAUAAUUGACAUUCCUGCUUCAUACACACUCAGCUGCACUUGUAUUUUGUUUGCAUUUCUUUCGGCACAUUUACACGGUCUGCACCGCCUCCUCGCUGGCCUCUGUCGUGUCGUGCAGACUUGGACCUCGAUCAAGCAGCUCUUCUCAUCAUAACCCCGUAUUUGGGUUUUAAAUCACGCCUCGCAGUUUUCAACAAAGUCUCGGAAACGACGGCUCUGUUUUUUGUCACGGCGGUGAAGCGGCUUCUUGUUGGCCCACAGGCACAGUCACCCAGAUUAAACACCCUGACAAAAACUAAACCAUAGAAAACACGGGUGCUCAGGUUUCUGGGUUUGUUUAUUUUAUUUCCUCUGAAAUCUACAACUUUAAGGUCGCUGUAAUGUUUUCCUGGGCAGGAAUACUGAGAGUGUGCACUGAAAGGACUGACAAACCUGUGAUCAGCUUUUUACCUGAGGCGAUGAGAUUUCAAAAGUUGACGUAGCUCCUUGUUUUUCUGCAGAAAUCCUCCUCUCUUACUUUGGAAGCCGCUCCCGUGUCGAACAGAGAUAUAUUUCCAAAGAGCUCUGCACCUCCUGCCAACAGUUUUACACAGAGCAUUGUCUCAAUUAUCUAAAACUCUCUUUCUCUCCAAAAUUUCGUUUGUUCUUCGUUUGUUUUUGUGACCUCAGUACGUGUCGACUUUCCCUCCCGACAGGAUUACUUCUACUCUUCAUGCGAAACAGAAAACAAGCUCUUAAAGAUGGCCUCCUCAGCUGACAAUUGAUUACAAGAAAAAUGGCAAUAUUGUGUUUAUUGUAUUAAACAUAACCUGCCUGUUUAAACUGGAGGUUUUAGAGUCUUUAAUGCAUCGUAUAAAAUAAGCUUUGAAAGGUGCAGGACAGUUGUCUGCUUGACAUAUUACCCUUUAAUUACUUUAUUACUCUUUAAUUUCAUUCAGCGACAUCCAGAGUGACGUUAAUCUGAGAAUUAGAGCACAAACAAGAACCUGGAUGGGAGAGAACAACAUGUAUUAAGGCCACGACCGCCUGGAGUCUAAUUGGAUACAGGUGCGGACAUGCAGAGCUGGAGACAAAGCUGUUUCUAUUUCUUUUAUUUUCGCUGAUGUCAUCAUUUCCACGGCAACUAAUCACUGGCUAAUGAGUGAUUAGUAAUCCUAUUUUACCUCAUUAUUACCGUCAUUAGAGCUUUUUGCCACCAACACUAAUAUCAUUAAAGUGCAAAGUCUAAAACUUUCCAAAGAGCCGCUCUCUGUGAUAGUUAGAGCUGAUCUGCGUAGACCACAAAAAUUCGAAAUGUUCUGUUGAAUUUGAGUUUUAAAAACCGACACCCUCCAAAAACUGAAUCAUUCAACAUCAUGUGCCAGACUGAACCGUUUACAUGGACAAACUGGAGCAAGAAGAGAGACUAAGAUGGAAAAAACAUAAAACAAAAAGCCAAAGUGUCGCUCUGCAGACGUCCCCCGGUGGACCCUUACACUCGUUUUCUUCUGUCUAGAUCUUUGAUAAUAGAUCUGUCCAUUAUCCUGAAGUCUGACUAAUUAACCUAGAUAAGCAAUUUAGGGUUGAUUGAAUUGUGGAGCACAUGCUCCACAGCUCACACGUCAGGCUUCAACUCAAAAGUGAAGGUUAUAAAUGUACAGAGAAGGUCAGGUAGUUAAGAAAAUGUCAAAAGAAGAAGAAACAAAGACAACUGAGCUGGAUCGUACAAACUAAAAGUAGAAGAAGAGCAGAGCUGGAUUGUUUAAACUUAAAGUAGAAAGACAACUGAAUUAGACUGACAAACCAAAAGUAGAAGAAGAGCAGAGUUACAUGGUACAAAUCAAAAGUAGAAGAACGGAGUUGGAUCAUAUAAACAAAAAGUACAAGAAGAGCAAAUCUGAAUGGUAUAAACUAAAAAGAGAAGAAGAACUUCGUUGGGUCACACAAACUAAAAGUAGAAGAAGAACUGAGUUAGAUUGUACAAACAUAAAGUUAAAGAAGAGCAGAGUUGGAUCAUGUAAACUAAAAGUAGAAGGAAAAAGUAAAACUAAGAGUUGAAUCCUACAAACUAAAAGCAGAAAAAGAACUUACUUGGAUAAUACAAACAAAGUACAAGAGGAGCAGAGUUGAAUUGUACAAACUAAAAGUAGAAGAAGAGCACAGCCAGAUUGUAUAAACUAAAAGUAGAAGAAGAACUGAGUUGGAUAGCACAAACAAAAGAUCGUGCAAACUUAAAGUUAAAGAAGAGCAUAGUUGGAUCAUGUAAACUAAAAGUAGAAGAAGAGCAGAGUUAGGUUGUACAAAUAAAAGGUACAAGAAGAGCAGAGUUGGAUCAUAUAAACUAAAAGUAGAAGAAGAGCAGAGUUGGAUUGUACAUUCUAAAAGUAAAAGAAGAGCAAAAUUAGAUUGUACAAACAAAAGAUAUAAGAAGAGCAGAGUUGGAUCGUAUAAACUUAAAGUAGAGGAAGAACUGAGUUGGAUCGUACUAACAAAAAGUAGAAGAAGAGCAGAGUUGGAUUGUAUAAACUAAAAGUACAGAACUGUCAAGUUUUUAUGUUUCCACUGAUCGACAUGUAAGAUGUUGGCCACUAGCUAACGUGUUUGUCGAUUGUUUUGGUGCAUGCUGUCAUGUGUUUAUCAGAAUGGUGAUGUUUUGAAAUGAAGCCUAAAGCUGCUGAUAUACCUUAUAUGGAGCAGUGCUUGUAAACUGGGAAAAGUCCAUUAAAAUCCCUUAAUCGAGCAUUAACUGAAUCUUGACCUACCUGUGCAUGUAAAUGUUGAUUUAGGCGACCUGAGGGUUGUUAUAGAAUGUGUGUCUGCUUUGUUGUUUGUGCAGCAUCAUUAAAAAAAAAAGGAACGACCAUCCAACAGCCUGGCCUCCAUACUCGACCUCCAGAGCACUCACCUGCUUUGAUCCUCAUACCUGAGCAUUAGCAGAGCUGUCAUCAGAGCGAGCGCUGUAAACGCUGCUCUGAAUUCCAGGUCAGCUCCCAGCAGCGGGUCUCUAUCUCUAUCCGAUACUUCGCUGAGGACUGUGAUGACUGUUUUAAGUGGCUCUGUCAUGACUGAACAAGGUCCGCUCGUGUAGCCAAGAACCAAACGCCGGAUAAAUGGAAAUCCAGCCAGCUCUGAUUUCUUAUCCCCCUCCCUCACGGAGGAACAUAAUGGCCUACAAACCUCUGCUGCCUCUAACAGACUGGCCCUCAUUGUGGUUUACAGUCGGGCUGAUUAGAAACAGAAAAGAGCGAACAGAUUAGACAGAGAGCGGCCUGACAAGCAUGGAGGCAGUCCAGGACUUUUACAGCUGCCUGAAACACAAUCCAUGUCUGAUCUGACGGCAGAGCAGGAGAAAUAAAAGCAGAGUUAGAGGGAGAGAGAGGAGGCCGACGGCUCUUUAUCUCGUGCCAGGCUUUGAUUCACAAACGUGGCACGCUUAGCUCAUCCACUAAAACCAUGUGCGCCUCGUUAGCUGCCCCCUUUCCCCCCUUUUUUUCGGACUGUCUUUUAAAAAUCCACCAAACAGCCAGCGAUAAACGAAUCCUGGAAGUGUCUUCGUCUCGUUGCCUCUCUUAUCUCAACUCUGCCACUUAAGGCUGCGAGCUUCUGCCAAGGCUUUGAAUAAAGUUUAGCCAGGUCCGAGGGCUUUGAAGUGGCGGGGGCGGGGGUUUAGUGAGGCGCGCGGCGGCCCUGAGGCGAACCUUGGCGAGCAUUCCCCAGGCGCUCGGUGCAUUCCCUCAGACUACAUCAGGUACGAGGCCUUUGGGGGCUUUCUGUCACAGCGGGAAUGUGAGUCAGGUUUCCAGCCCAGUGCCAAGGUGGCGCACAUCAAACCAGACUGGUGUUUGGUAGGAAUGUGAAGGUAAUUAACGGCGGCCGGAGUCAGAUUCACCGUCUCUUCAUGCAACAAGUUCAGGCGUACCGAGAUGUCAGCCUUCGGAGUGGCCUGUCUGAUAAGCAGCAUUCCAGCUUUAAUCAGACGCUGUGAUUUAAUACAAGGCGCGUCGCUUCUUUUCACGCAAACAUUCAUAAUUGUUGUGGGAAGGUUUUUCCCAUAUCAACAGCAAUUCAUCCUCGAACCGAGACUGACUUCUUCGACCGCCGACCGUCUGAAGAUUCCUCGGCAUUCCUCCGAGAGCGGGAUUUAAAUCACCCAACCUCUGAUAAGUCUUAAUGCGUCCAAGGUGCGGCUCACACCGGAUCAUUCCUGCGCGGAUUCAUCCCACUUUGAAGUUCCUCUGCAGCUGUUCGGCGUCCUGGAUUCAUGCCAGUUAAUAGUUGAUAACACGUGUGUAAGAAAAUGAAAUUUUUUACCUGUUUUUACAAGCUCCCUGUGAUGUUCAACAGGCUCCUGACAGUAAAUCUAAUCUAAUGAAAGUAUGCUGUAAUGCUGCAGUCAUUGCCCUCAGCCCAUCAGUUUGGGAUCCACGUGUUAAAAGCAUGCAGUUUCCUGCCCUAUAAAUAUAUUAUCAGUGAAAGUGUAGCUCCAAAGCACACAUGCAGAGUGAAGAGACGCCAAAUUCAACAAAAAUCAAGUCUGAAAGUCGUUCCUUUGUCAGAUUUCGUUGUAAAAACCAACUUGGCCUGGCCCUGAGCCCUUGGAUCAAGGAUCUGAGUUUAAUGCUGACGGCUUUAGCAGAAAUAUGGACUUAUCCUGCAAAAACUGAAAAAGCAGAAUCUGGAUCGACUUCUGCUGUGACACCUCAUCAAUCAGGCGCUCGUCCACAAAUCAAAAAGUAUCAGUUUUAGGUUUUUAGUGAUGAAGUGUGGAAUAUUUACCUCAAAGUCCUCUGUUAAAGAUGAGCAUACUGUCUUUGUAACUGAUGCGUUUUGGAGUCUGUGCAGGUUUCAUGUAGUCCAUGACCUAAACCAACAAAAUGUCACAUGUAGGUGAGUGUUGUAGGCCGCUAAAGUCCGUUCAAGCUUUGAUGUCAGACCUGGACCAAAGCCUGUGAUAAAUUCACAUCAUCCUGUACUCGACGCAAAGGCCUGCAAGCGAAGCCGAUGAACGAACUCAAAAAGUAACAGCAAGGACAAAAAGACGAUUAACUGAAGAAUAAUCAACAUUUUUAAGAUGCAGCUUUAACGCUGCGUUCCAGUUGUUCUCAGAAGUCGGGAUUUCUGAGCUUGUGUACUGGAACGCCGUCAACUCAGGUGUAACAUCAUUCCCAGCUCCGACUUCCGGGGUAACUUGAACGCAGCAUAACAUAUUACACACAGAUUUGGUCGCCAUGGUUUCCUGUAAACAAACGAGGAGGAGGAGGACACUGGUGAUAUGACGAGCAAGGACAUCGCACUGUCGGCGGCCAUUUCGGUGCAAAUUAACACUAAGAUCCCAUGUGACACCGUUAAUAUAGUUUACAGUUUCUCAGGAAUUAUACAGUGUAUCUCUAUGGGAUAAAAAGUGUUGAAAAGUUUACCCUUUUGACGAUCUAUUGAGGGUUUUCACGCAUUUCUACACCUGCCACAAGGUUUACAAUCCAGCCACAAAAACAGGUGUUUGAUCAGAGACAUUUGAUGGUAAAUCUGCAAUGAAAACGUGAUUAUUGAUCAGAUUGUUGUGAUAAAAAAAUGACUGCCAUUGCUAAAUACCGCUAAUGUCUUUCGGGUUUGACGAGCUGUUUUGAUGACGUCUUUUUCUGUGAAACUUUCGACCAAUGACAUGGUCUCAUAUUCUUCUUCUAUUGUCCUCUUGACGGUAGUGUCCAAUAAGAGUCAAGGAAGUUCCCUGCUUGUCUGUAAAAUCAGAAAUAAUGGUCCUAAAUGUUUGGAAACAAGCAAAGAAGAGAUUCUGAGCAGAAUGAUGUGGUCCUCUGUCUCAUCCCAGGAGCGGCAGAAACAACUGUAAAUAGUCAAAAACGCCUGAAGAAUGAGUGUAAAUAUGUCAACAGUUUCUGUUGUGUGUUUGUUCCAAUCCCAAUAUUUCCUCUCCUGAUAGUCAAGACUUGAGAGAAUGAUGUUCAGGUGAGAAAAGGCUCGGUCACUGAGGAUUUAUGGGACCAAUUUCUGUUUUUGUUUUUUGUUAGACUUUGAUGGUUCUGAAUCUACUGUCACAUUCAUUUUACAUCAUUUUUGCUCCAUAAACUGAGAGCUGAGGUUGUCCUGAAAAAAAAGAUGUGUUUAUAUUUGCUGUGUUUGAAAGGAUCAAGUUGAUAGUAAAUUAUAGCUGGGAGUUCUGAGGGUUAAAGGUUGUUAGCGAUCGUUCUGCGUCAUAAUAACUCCAUAAACAGCGACAGUCAAAGUUAAAAUGAUUCUAACCUGAAGCAGAGUUCCUAUCUGCUCCCAGUCUGGUCUCAAAUCUUGGUGCAUGUGCGCUCAGCUCAUGUUUUACUGUCAUUUACAUGUGACUCAGUCAAAGCAGCACAAUAGUGGGAGGGGGGAGGGUUGGGUUUUACUCCACCCAGCUUGUUGUAACACCCCCACCCCCUCCAGAAACACUUUUCUCUCUCAGUUUAAUUCAAUACACACUUUUUCACAAGUCCAAACCUCAGAGUGUCUCAGUUUGAGUUUUUUUUUCUAUCGCUCUCUUUCUUCCUCCGUCCACCUUUUCCCGCCUGUACAGUCAAUAUUGAUCUUCCUCUCAACAGUCAGACAUUUCCUAAACUUUAUUUCUUAUCUAAUCCUGUUCUGGGUCAGAAGGAGUUUGUCAGGUCCGAGGAUUUGAUGUCGUGGUUAUACGAGAGGCCGAAAACAGAAACCGUCCAUCUUGGUCUGAAAGUGUUGAGACUUGUGCGGCUGAUCGUGUGAUUUUGUGUUCUUAUUGUCGGCGUUCAUCAUCGGGCUUUUACGUAAUCUGUCUUCACGGAUGAGUAAUAAGUGACCAGCCCCAGGUCGCAGCCGUUCGUACAGCCUCGCCGCUGUAACGAGCGGAGAAGGAGGCCGCGCUUGUUGAGUCAUUGUGUUUACGUUGAACCCAGCCCACCUUUUGAACAAGUCGCUGCUUGGAGUGUGUUAUUCCAUCCCCGAGCUGCUGACGGAGGGGUUUCCAGAGGCGGCAGGAACAGGACGGCUCAUUCUCUUCCCCGUCUUGUCUGUUUUUGCGCAGAGAUUACUCCCGUGUCGUUGUUUUAAUCUUUUGUGUAAGCGUUGAGCUUAAAGCAAUAUUGAACUUGGAGGGAGCUCUCUCACUUAGCACGCACACCUCAGGGACGGCGAGCUGCAGACUUCGGCUGACCUGCUGUGUCUGCAGCUGCCGUUCAGGAUUUUCAUAACCUAGUCUUAAAGUUAUUUGUCUUCACUCACUCCAACAUCGUCCAAUCAGCAAUGUGUGAGAAGUCGAUGUUCUGCCAAAAGCCGGUCAAAAACAAGAGUGAGCCUUUAAUAUUCCAACCUCGCUGACCGGAUCCUGUUUAAGCUUUUGGUCUUCGCUUCAAUUUCAUUUCAUUCUCUGCAGAGUCGAAGUGACCCGACACGAUCUUUGACUAAACUCACGCCAUUCAGUGCAAACAGUCGCCAAAAAGCACCUGGGAGUUUGUUUAAAGUUGUUUGUAACUCUUAAAGUUUUACGAAUCCUGCAAAACAAACAGGAAACCCUCUACACACACACACACACACACACAAACUGACUCACACACUCACACACAGCUCAGUCAUUCAUCGUCAGCCACCCCUGACAAUUACGUGUCCAUUUUGGCCCUCCUCACCUCGCCUCGCCUCGCCGGUCAAUCAGGUCUCGACGUCCUGUGAGUCUGGCAUGCACGCUUAAUGGACCGCAGUGAAGGAGCCCCCGGGGGGUCCCAGGGGCCACCACAGCUCGUCAGGCCUUUAACAACCCUCCUCACCCUCCACAGACCAGACUGCUGUUCUCACCUGCUAACUGACCGCCUGCCUGACACUCAACAUGCAGGUGUUAAAGCGUCCUGCUGCCUAAUUAACCCUUUCCUGUUCCCCGCAGGACCUCCAGCAGAGUCUAUUGUGGAUUUACAACAGUGAGCAUAAUUAGCCUGCGGUACGAGAGGGGAGAGGAGAGGUUGUAAAUUGCUCUGCAUGGUUGUAAACUGCUCCUCUCAGACAGGGAUGUGUACUACGGUGAAUUGUCAAGAAUUAUGUCGAGAAUUCGAUGCGUUUGCUCUGACAACGCCAAUCGGAUUUCAUUUUUUCACAACUCAGAUUUCCACUUUAGAUUGAAAUAAAGGACAUAAAGUAUGUUCACACGGACGUGUUUAAGUGACGCUAACAUCCUGCAUGUUUAUCUUUCCACAGAAACGAAAGCGGAGAGAGAAGGAUGACAGCGACGCCGUCAGCCUCUGCAGCUUCGACUUUAAGGUAAAACAUCGUCAUCGUAAAAUAGGCAGCAAACAGUUUUUUUUUUUAAACUUCUUUUUCACAAACCUACAAAAACAAGGCGGCGCAUCUUUGGCCCAACAAGAAAAGGAAUAAAAAUAGAAAUCACAGCAGCUUCAGGCCACGCGUCGUUGCUAUGGCAACAUAAACACCAUGUAAACUAGGUCCCAUAUCUGAGUCUGCGCUUCAUCGGCGUAUUCGUCUCAUCAAAGUGAGUCAGCCUAUCAGCGGAGGAGAUCUGGAUAAAGCCUGUGUUUGUUCGGAGAGGAUCCCGCUGAGGUCUGCUGUUUGUUACUCCAGAGCAGGUUCUUCAGUUUUACAGAUCGGAGCAGCAGGACUGGCCCGGUUGGAAAAUGUUCCUCAUUUGGUGCGUGGGUGUUUUUUGUUUCUUUUCUAAUGAUCGCUCCCACAUAGAGACGCACAAACGUGUGUGUUUUCCUCAGAGCCAGCCGCCUUUUGGUGUCACGAUCAUUUCGACACUCUCCCAGGCGGAAACUGUCCCCCAGGUUUGUUCCUCUUUGGCCGAAAUACCCCAAACGGUCCAUAAUGGACCUGAGGCCUCAGUUCUUGUCCUUCAGGCUGUUUUUGUCCUGCGCCCACAUGAGAGGGAUUAGCAGAGACCUACAGCCUGGACUCCUGUAACCAGUCGGAUCAGUUGCUGUGAUUUUAACUAAACAAAGCUCAAACAGAGCUGCGCGGAGUCCCCGGGGCCACUCCUUGAUUCAUAUCGCAGCAGGGCCCGGUGUUCUGCUCCGACUUUAUUUUCUUUACUAAUUGAGGCUCUUCCAGUGCAGACUAAUCCCUGCACACUGUGUUCACAGAGAGAGGCAGUUAGAGAAGAGGAAUCCUGUUUUAACCAUUUAGCUGCGGGUUUAGAGUCCACAUGGAGGCCGGGUCUAAGGUAGCUGGGUUUGAUGAACAGUCCGAGUCCAAGACGAGAGGCUCAAAGCAGAAGAAAAACUCUUGAACUCUGCAGCCCCGCUAUCGAGCGAUUGUGACUGAAGAUCGAGGAGAGCGGGGCGAUAAACCGAAAUUUACUGAUACUGAAAUUUACGUCAAUAACUGACGACAUUUUGCCCGUAUCAGUAUAUUCAAUCAGGGCUGCACAAUACUGGAAAAAACUAACAUUGCAGUUAAAAAAUAGAGGAAUCUUCACCAGAUGACCUGAAUAUCACUUUCUGAUGAAAUCUUGAGGACAGUUAAUCUGCACUGAUCUCACCUCUUUUUGUGAAUGUUAGUAGAACGGCUUCUGUCUGUCUUAGAGAUAUUCUUAGUUCUUAUUGUUCUGGGACGUUAUUGUGGCAAAAAAUGAACACAGAACACGUGUUUGUUUGGUCGACAUCAUCCUUCUUGUAACGGAAAUAAUUCCAGAUAACCAACGUUGCUUUUCUUUUCGUCAACAAGUCUUCAUCUUAGUGGUUUUCUCUUGUUCGUUUCUCAUUUUGCAAUCGUUGUUGUCGUGCCGAGAAAUGCAUGCACCUCGCGAAAACGCACACCGCUUACAGUGGAGUGGUCCACCGAAAUGUACGAUUUGAAACCCGUACAGUUCUUAUUUGUGGGGCUAAACAUUGAAGAGUAAUUCUCGGUGGUCAUGCGUUUCUCGGCUCAACACCGGCAGCGUCAGCGACUCACUCCAUGUGCAGGGGCGUGGUUUUGAUUGACGGCUGGUAUCUGAGUAAAGAACGAAUGUGAUUGGUGGAUCGCUGUACAGCACAUGCAGCGUCACAUGCAGUGUAUCUCAGUCAGCUACCCUUGAAACUAGAUGAGUUCAUUCACCUCCAACACUGCAGGCUCUGCAAUGUGACUAUCGCACACACGUACAUGGCGAUGACGAUGCUCAAACGAUGUGUGUAGGUAGGCUAUGGUCUCAUGUCACUUUAAGACGCUGUCCUACGUCAGAGACGUGACUCCACCCCAUCCAGUCUGUAAUAAAGAGGGAAAGACGUGAUAUUGAUUUUGAUAUUGAUUUGAGCCCAUAUCACCCAGCCCUAAGACUGAGUCUGCUGUUAUUCAGUCUAAUUAAAGCAAACCCUUCAUUCAUUUUGUAUUGAUAGCAGACGCUUUAUUGCAUCCUGGGACUCCCAGCAUCCUCUACGUGGCGGCCAUUAUGACAAAAUUUUGCACUUGAAUCAAACGGUUGGCGGGCGUCUCUCUGGGCCUGUAUCGUCGUAUCACUGAUAAUAGAGCUGCGGGAUCAUCCCGUCCUCGCUCAGACCGUCCUCCUCUCUGCGUGGGUUUAAUAGAGUCAGUCCAGGAACAAAGACCUGCUAACCACCCGGCUCACCGCAGGCCCGGUCCUGCCUCAGAUCACCCCGAGCGCCUUUUAUCAUGUUGUCAAAACACGAUUUUGCAGCGUAAAUGACGCACACGCUGUUUGAGGUUUCAUCACUGGAGCUGCAGCGCGACUCUGAGUUCUGUGAAGAUCUCUGAAACCUCUCUGUACUUUUUCACAGGAGGGAAAAUAGACCGAUGCCUGAUGAAUCGGAGACUCUCUAUUUACUCCUCAGAUGAUGUUUUCAUGUUUGUGCGUCGAAGCCGAGGCUCUAUCUGCAGAUCUGCGCGGCGUUCUGGCGGUUUCACUCUGACUCUUAGUUACCUCGCUGUUUGUUAGCAACCAGGUCUGCUGUGGGCGUGUGCACACCUACAAAAACUGAAGGAGAAGGUGUAUGAGUAACCCGAGGACGUUGGUCUGGUUUGUGUACUGUGGUUUUCAUUGUCCCUUCAGGCUGUUGUGGGAUUACAUCACCGUCUGCAUCUUCAUCUCCGUUUAAUCGUAGCUUCAGAGGAGCGGAGGUAUUUAUAGCUCUCUGCCCGCAGAGCAGAAACAUGGCAGAUUAAUCGUGGUUAGGAUCGGUCGGUCACGCCCCAACAUGGAGCCGGAUUUAGAAGCCGACUCCAAACCCGAGUAUCAACAUCUGUACUCUUAACUUAUACUGCUGCUUUGAUUUGGUGGACGCAGGCUCAUCAAACUGCUUAAUGAGCCUGUGAAUCAAGUGAAAUUUGAUGAGAUCUGAACCCAAAUGAACAUCUACAGUCCACCAAAGAGCUCGUUAUGUAAAUGUGACGGUUAAACUGGUUGGUUUCAGGUCUAAUUAGCACCUAAAUUAGGUUUAUAUGAAAGCCGCCGAAGCCGGGGUUACCAGGUCAGACCUGCUUUAUGACUCUGUCCUCACCGCCUGAGUCAGAACCGUGUAAAUGAGGAUCUGCUUCAAGGAUGCUAAUGUCAACAACUCUGUUUAUGACGCACUGAAGCCUUUUACAGUUUCAUUAACGCUUCAAAUAACUAACCAGGUUCAAACGAUCCAAUAAGGAGACUUUAACGUCUCACACAGAGAGAGUUUUAUUUGAAUAAAACCUCAUUUCACUCCAUCGCGGCUCCUCCCUGCUCAUUAAGUCUAUCCCUGUGAGACGGUUCAUCUCUUCAUGCGUGCACGAAUGUGUCAGUUUGUGUUAUUACGUAACGAAGUUCACGCCGCCUGUAUUCACCGUGUCAGCGUCCUGAUGCGCCGGCGUCCAUACGUGAUGUUAAAGUUUGGAGUUCUAUAAAGUGCGGAGUCGGAUAAACUGUUAGGACUGUUUUGAAGAAAGUCAGACGGAGAGAAACCGGCUCACAGAGACUGAGCUGUCACAAUGUCAGAUGUUUCUGAUCAGCGGACGCCAUGACAAAUACCGAUAAAGUUUGAAGACACCCUUAAGUAAAGAUUUGCACUUUACAUUCGACUGUUUUCUGUUGUUUCUAGACUUGCUGUCACGUGCACUUGAGCUCAGAUUUAUCAGUGAGAGGGUUUCAAGAGUUUUUUCGUACUUUGCGUUGAAUUUAGUUAUUUAUUUCAAAGGAAAAAGCUCUUUAUCAAACUUCUGUGUCUCUAAAAUCUGAAUAUGAAAUAUGAGCUGUUCAGUCCAGUUCUGGUCCUCAUCAGUAGAGGGCGACAGAGCCUCCUCCUCCUCCUCCUCCUCCUCCUCCUUCCUCUCCUUGUGUUUCUCUGCUGCAGGCUCCAAGCUUCCUCGGAGCUGAUAUCCGUCUCUGCUUGUCCUCCUCUCACUGUUUCUGUUUCUGCUGCUGCUGAUGUGAAGGUUACGCUGAGCUCAGGCCUCCAGGCUCAGUCCUUUCCUGGCACGGCACAGGUUAGACAGCGGUGAAACUCCGCCUGUCAACACAUUACUCAUCAAACUCAAGAGCACAAAUGGCCCGCUGGUGUUCAUGUGUGUAAAUCACGGCUGUGCAGCUGCAGCGUGGCCGGGCAGGCUGAGCCAUGUUGGGUUGAGUCUUUAUAGACGUACGGCUGAUUCAGCUCGAGGUCUCCCCAUGCGGAGUGAGUAACAACCCGACUGCACACGCUGUCUGUCUGCUGCUGCACGCACAGACUACACACAGACGGACAGAUCUAUUUUAUUAGAUCCUCUCUGACUCCUCAGUCUGCAUACUUGAUCGCUCUGCUGUCUUAUCCUCGCCUCAAAGUCAAAUCCUGAGUCCUGAAAUCUUUCAUUUCGUGCCCUCAGUGCACCGAGUUUCAGGAGAUACGAGGUGAUGUAACCCGGACUCGGGGUCCUGUUGGUCUGCAGCAGAUGACACCCCCCCCUCACCGCUCUGUCAACAAACCCCAAAGAACAAGGUGUCAACAUCCAUCCACCUCCAUCAGCAUCUGUGUUGAGUCACGCACAGACACACACAGCAGCGGCAUGAACUCCGUGUCCUGUUUCACACCUCUGUGUUGACCCAGGAGGACGGAGCAGAGCCGUGACCGGGCUUGUCCAUUUGCCCAGAACACACACACACACACACACACACACACACAAUGUGACACCCUUCACUUUAUCCCUCCAUCAGACCUUACACCUCCACCCUGUGCAUUUGUGCACCAGCUGCAGGGGUGUGCAGAAUCUGUGUCUUCAGGUGUGCUCAGUCAUCCGGCCGUGUGUGCACCUCGCCGCCGCCGCCAGCAUUUUGUCCGUUUGUGAUCCGUUUCUGAAAACGACAAGUACAGUCUGCACACUUUCACCGAACAUGUUUAAGUCACACUGCUGAGAGAGCGCAUGAAGGAGAGAGAGAGCGCUCUCUCUCCUUCAUCAUCUCUCUCCACAUCUUCGGUCUAAAAUCCACCAAAUCCAGAUUUUCUACGUUUGUGUUUUCGACCUCCGACUUUCGACCACAGAGCUCCUCGCUGUCCUCACUGAAACUGGUGAAACUUUCCCCUCUGCAUGAGACCAAUCAACAUAUGGGGGAGCAGUCGCACCCAGCCCCCCAGUCGUACCCAGUGGACAGGUUUCAGUUCAAACAUCUGCCUCAGUGUGCCUCUAUUGAUAUUCUAAUUGAUCAGCAACCCCCGGGUCAGCUGAUGAGACUGAUAACAGGCUGAGAGUGUUUCUCCACAGAGCAGAGAGCACUUAAAAUAAUCAUCCAACACGGAAUCAACACACACUUCUGACUUUGGAGUUUGUUCAUUCAAAUCAAACAGACUAAUAUCUUCGUACGACCAUUAAAGCCUGAAACCAGCUCCGGCGGAGGAACUUAUAAACUGUUUUUAAUUCGAUCUUUAGAGAGUUCAGGUCUCAACAAAACAUGUUUUUCCUCAAUUAAAUAAAAGUCUGGUGUUUGCAGAAACUUGAAGUUAGGAGAAAAGAGUUAAAGUUAGUUCAACAAUGCAGCGAAAUGAAGCUUUUAAAUGUUUAAAACUUACAAUCCUUCCUUCGCCUGUGCUCGAUUAAUAUAUUUUUGUCUGUUUAAGACCUUAAAAAUUUCUAAAAAAGUCUUAAAUCCUGAUUUUAAAAGCGCACAGUAACCCUGUCUAAAUGUUGACACUGUUCAAUAUUUCCUUCGUUUGUAGAAAAAUGUGUAAUAUCAUGUUUUCAGGCGAUUAUCAAGCGUGAAAAGCACUUUUAGGACUAUUGAUAGUCGUGAAAAAGUCAAUUAAGAGAGUUAAAUAGUGAUGUGCAGUUAAUUCAUACAGUAAUUAAAAGAGCUGCUGAACAAAAAUAAAACAUAAAGCUUAAAUAAAACAUUUUUGUGUUAAGGCUGCUUCUCUUAAACUCACUGAUAAUCGACUUAAACUUAAAAUAUAUCGUUAAAGUUCAAACCUGUUUUAAGUUCUUUGAGCUCAUUAUGAGAAAAGUGGUUUUAGUUUACACUGAGGAGUUUAAAUCAGAUUUAAAUCAGAUUAAAUACAGUUUUGACUGCUGCUCACACUUCUUUAUUUUUGUUUCAUACAGCUGAGGUAUGAAACAUCUACAAUCUCUGAUCUAUGAUGUGCAACGAUCAUUUAAGGUCUAUUAUCUAUUCAUGAUUAAAAAACAGAGAUACUCAUAUCCAUGUUUAUGUACUUUUACAGUAUUUACCUGAUAUCUCUGAGCUGCAUCCUUUCCUGAAACAAGGAAACAGAGUGAGCAACAUUUCUGCCGGUUAAUUUGUCCUUUUUAUGACUUCAGAAGAAUUUUUAUCUGCAGAGUUCAAUUAAAACAUUGUUUACAAAUCAGUUCAGCAGAUAAAGCCAAAGUCGAAUGUCAUGAUACAAAGGAUAAGGUAAAGAAACAGUGAAAAUCCUGAUUUAUUCACAUGAAAGUGCAUGUUGGGACAUUAAUGGAGAGCACACUUGAGGUUCAUCUUUAUGAAAACGUCUAAAUUUGCUCUGACUUUCUCCUGACUGGAUCUCUGAGAAAAACCCUCAUGGUCUCACGUCAGACUCCCUCAUUCGCCCUCAUCGGCUCUGUUUGUGUAAACGUAGUUGAGCAGAAAGCGUUCCCCAUGAUCUCUCCGUUUCUCACUACUGUUUUCAGCUCACUGAGCCUGCGGGCAGCUUCUCCUCACUUCUCAGUAAACCUCCCCGUCUUCAGGCUCAGCUCCUCCCUCUCUCCCCCGGUCUGUCUGUCCUCCUCAUAUAAAGCCCUCCUCCCUCAGAGCAGCUCAGACCAAAGUUCGGACAGAGUGUGUGAGAGCAGCAGCAGCAGCGGCAGAGAGCCCCGUCCCAUGAGGGCAGAAGAAGAAGAAGACCUUCAGGGAGUGUAUUUAUUUAUUUAGGGGGUUUUUACUCUCACACAGACUCUUUAUCUUGAUCAGUUUUUUUCUCUGUGGAUUACUCGGAGCUGACUCGCCCAGGAUUAAAAACAGGAUUUUGUGUUUUGACUGAAAGCUAUGGUGGCUUACAAUGAACUGGGUAGCUCGGUGGUGCCUAUCAAACGGACUCUGCAACUGAUAGACAACCAGAACCACGCCAACAAAGACUUAGAGGUGAGACGCUGAAAAACACUCUCUGUAUGUUUGUGCACCUUUGAGUUAAUGUUUGACCGGCGCUCAUUCAGGUGAAGUCAUAUCUGUGAGUGAGUGAGUGAGUGAAUCAGCACCUAACCCUGUUUUCAUGUGUGGGCCUGAGACUUUGGACUUUGCUCCUCAGUGUCUUGAAGACGUUGCCUAACCUGACAAAGUUAAUCAUUAGGAUUGAGCUGCACCUUUAGAGGUUGUAAGGAGUAAGCGGACCCCCCUCAGAGGUGUGUAUCCCCCCCCCUGUCUGAUCUUAAAUAUGCAUCCCAGCAGGCGGCUCUCAGCCUCAGCGGGAUAUGGAGAGUCGGUUUCCAACUGAGUCAACAUCCCUGCUUCCUUUUUUCUUAAAGAUUCCUUUACUUCAGACCUCUGAUAUUCAAAGAUAAGCCAGGGCUAUCACUGAUGCAUGCUGGGAGCAGUCCUCCGUGUGCACACAGGUGUAAAACCCACCACUUCAGCCUCUUCCUUCCUCUUUGGUGAGGGGAUUUUAGGAAAGUGUGUUUUCAUUGACGGUCACCAAGUUUCCCCAUGUCAGCUUUAGGGGUCACAUCUGUGGUCUGAGCGGGGUUCAUCAAAGAGGAGAGGUCCUGAUAUUUAUGAGCUUGUCAUCCCGGGUUAGACGGUCUCACAUCUGUACAGUAUCCGAGUCUGGAGAGUCAUUGUUCCCCUGAUAAAAGUCGAACCAAAGCAGCCGCACAAACCCCGGAUCUGCCCGGUUUCCUGAAGUGAGGCGGACUCAGUUAGACUCUGCUGAGUCUGCAGGUCAAACAACCAGGAAUAGCAACUUUCCCCGUCUGAUACACAAAGAGAGGCACGGCGGCUUUGUGUUAUUCUUGGUCCGCCUCGAAUGGGACAGGAAGGGCACAGAGUCUCGCCGGAGACACCCUCUCUACUGUCACUCCUGCCUUUGACUUUAUUUCUUUGUCUAUUUACACCAAAAGGUCACUAAUCACAGUCUGGCAGGUCAGAAAAAACUGCUGCACUUGCCGGCCUCAACCACUAGAGGGCUUACAAAGUUCUCAAGCCUGUCUGUCUGACUCUUCUGGUCCAACGUGGAAACCGGGACCACAGCAGACCGUGACUCGACCGCAGCCGCGUCAGCUCGCACCAGACUGAGCGGAUCUGUUCAACAGCUGUGUCCGCAGAGCGCCGGAGCCUCAAUGGCUGCUCUGUUUCCACAGAAGUGCUGCGCCAAGGCAAAAGCCUGGUCUGGCCUGAGUCAGUGAAAACAGCAGCAGCAGCAGCAGCUUUUAGCAAAGCGCUCAUUAGUGUGAGGGUUUGAAAACGCAAACUUUGGAGAUACUAAUUAGAGCCUCGUCUGUCUGAGAGAGGAGUUUCUGAGAGUCUUCCCUCUUUGAUUCCUGCAGCCUGUUGUUGUUGUUGGCACAGAGCCGAGCACCUCUCUGCUUUCUCCCUGCCUCGGGGCCGGGUGAGGGGAGGAGACAAGGAGGGGGGGGCACCUGGCCCAGGUGUGGUGCAGCUCUCACGCGAGGCCUGUUGAAGAGCCUGUCUCGACUCGCCGCGAUAAACACGGCCGUGCACCCCCUGCGACGCCGCACUGUGUAAACACUGCAGAGGGGGACGGAUUCAUUGUCUGUUUACAACUGCCGCCCCCCCUCCCCGGACUCCCAGCGGUGGUCUGUUUCACUCAAGAGUCCUGACACACUGCCACACUGUCCCUGCUGCUGUUUGUCUCUCUGGGAACAGAGAUCAGGAAGCGUUUAUCUCCCUCUCAAGAGGAGCUGGAGCUCUCGUCAGGCCAGAGAGUAGCAGGGGAGGGGUGUCGAACAGCUGAGAGAAGGGUCUCGUGCAUUCCUGGCAUUCCCCCAGACCCCCUUCCCCUUCCAGAUCAGCGGUUAGAGAGGGUCUUUGUGCUCGGUGGGCUGGCCUGGCUCGAGUCUCCUCACAUGAUGGAGCCAACAGCUGCUGGAGCUGCUGGAGCUGCUGGAGCGGCGUCCUCUCCCCGUCCGCCAGUCUGUCUGCCUGCGGCUCGACCUCGGCUCCAGCAGCUCCGAUCGACUCCCCUCAAAAACAGGGAGCGCAGUCCAUAAUGAGGAUUUAUGACUCGACUCGAUGUGUUUAAUCACAAGGCGGUCACAAGAGAGAGUCUGGACUCGCCGCUGAGGUCGGCUGAGGCACCGCCGAUCGAUUUGUUCUGUGUCUAACAAAAGACAAACUUCCCCGACUGAUCCCGUCUUCCCUCUCUCUCUCUCUCCUGCAGGAACCCAGCAACAAGCGUGUCCGUCCUCUCGGCAGGGUGACGUCGCUAGCCAACCUCAUUUCUCCGGGGAAGAAUGGGGCCGUCCGGCGCUUCGGCCAAACCAUCCAGGUAAGCCCGGCAGACACCUCCUGACUGCUCUGCAUGUUGCACCAAAAACUCCAGCUGCAUCACUCUCUGACAUCCGGGGCUCCCUCUUUCCCAUCAGGCCUCCUUCAGGGGUGAUGGAAAGUCGCCGGGCGUGCCCCAGAAGCCUUGCAGCAAGGCAGCGGCCCCAACACCGCCCAAAAGGAGGAACAGCACGCUGUGGUCGGACAUGCUGGACGUCCACCACAAGGGGACUUUCUCCACCCAAGAGAUCAAGAGGCAGGAGGUGAGAAUCAAAAACACAAACACUUGAAAACUAUCAGAGUCAAAGUUUGAGCAAAGUCAGAACCCAGACAGUGAGAAGGUCAACCCGUCUACCUCGCACUUUCACAUAAUCCUGCAACAUUUGUGUCAAAUACUCGCAAAGCCAUCCAAGGCUCAUUUCCCAGUCGGUGUGAGAUCACAUCCACCUGACAAGCCAACAAAGCCGCGCUCUCCUGCCCCACUUGUCCUGCAUGUGUCAGACAUCUUAGCCAACCGUCGAAACCAAUCAAGUCCAAGUUUGAAACCAAAGUCCAGAGGAGCCAGGGUUGAUCUCAGACGUUUGGCUCCUUUAGACUGAGUCUAAUCGCUGCAGUAAUGACUUCCUGAUUCAUGCGUUUAGCUAAAGAAGUAUCCCCCCCUCUUUCUCUCUCUCUCUCUUUAGGCCAUAUUUGAGCUGUCUCGUGGAGAGCAGGACCUGAUUGAGGACCUCCAGCUUGCACGCAAGGUUUGUACUUUUAAAUCUCCGGGGCAGAGGGAGUACAUAUAAAGCAAACAGAUUAAAUCAAAGUCUGGCAGGGGUUUGAUGGAGGCAGGCCAGCAGCUAUAAAAAGCCAGGAGUAACUCCUCCUCGGAGAGUUAUUCUUAGCAUCCCCCUCCUCUGUUGUUAUCUGACCGCCUUGGCUCUGCUCCCGUACACAGGCGUACCACGACCCCAUGCUGAAGCUCUCCAUCAUGUCUGAAGAGGAGCUCACUCACAUCUUCGGCAACCUGGACGCCUACAUCCCCCUGCAUGAAGACCUCCUCGCCCAGCUCUCCAAAGCCACAGGACCUGACGGGACUGUGGGACAGAUCGGACAGAUCGUCGUGAGUUGGGUGAGUCUCCUUUCCUCGUCCUUCAACCUCUUUGGUUUUGUUCAAACUCCUCUGAGUUUUCAAGAAAAGACGAGUGUUAUUAAAAGUCUUCUUCUUCUUCUUCUCCUGCAGCUGCCCAGGCUUGACGCCUACAAGGACUACUGCAGCAACCAGCUGGCAGCCAAAGCCCUGCUGGACCAGAAGAAGCAGGACCCACGUGUGCAGGACUUCCUGCAGCGCUGCCUGGAGUCGCCCUUCAGCAGAAAGCUGGACCUGUGGAGCUUCUUGGACAUCCCACGCUCCCGUCUGGUCAAGUACCCGCUGCUGCUGAAAGAGAUCCUGAAACACACUCCGGCAGAACACCCGGACGCAGCGAGUCUGGAGGAAGCUGUAAGUCCAGAAUCCGUACCCGUUUAUUGUAGAGUUCGGAAACGGGGCUCGAGUUAACGAUCGGGCUCUCUUUGUUCAGAUCACCAUCAUCCAGGGCGUGCUGUCAGACAUCAACAUGAAGAAGGGAGAGUCUGAGUGCCAGUACUACAUCGACAAGCUGGAGUACCUGGACGACAGGCAGAGAGACCCUCACAUCGAGCAGUGCAAGAGCCUGCUGUGCCACGGCGAGCUGAGAAACAAGAGCGGCACGGUGAGCAAACAGACCCAUAAAAGGCCGGCCUGCGAUACUUCCUGCAGGACCUCCGUGAGCUCUGAUAAGGCGGUUAUGUAACACAUCAGCGCUCCGGUUUUUCAUGCUUUCUUCUCGUCUCCCUCCAGAAGCUGCACGUGUUCCUGUUCACCGAGCUGCUGGUUCUCAGCCGCCCUGUAACCAGGAACGAGCGCCACUGCUUCCAGGUUUACCGACAGCCGAUCCCAGUGCAGGAUCUGGUGUUGGAGGACCUGCAGGACGGAGACGUCAGAAUGGGCGGCUCCUUCAGAGGGGCUUUCGGCAACGCAGACAAAGGUGAGGAGCGUGUCAGAGCUGAUGGAGAAAUAAUGGCGACACUCUGAGCCGCAGGAGUGAAGUCGCUCGUCCGUCAUUUCACUAACUCCUCCUUUGUCUUCUCUCUCUGCAGCCAAGAACAUCUUCCGUGUGCGUUCCCAAGACCCGAGUCAGGCGCAGUCCCACACGCUGCAGGUCAACGACGUCUUCCACAAGCAGCAGUGGCUCAACUGCCUCCGCAGCGCCAUCUCCGUCCACCGGCCCCUCAGCGAGCCCUCCACGCCCUCCCCGCCCGCCAGCGACACCCGCUUUAAACGCCGCCCCUCCUCCGUCUCCGCCAUCAUCCACAUGGAGGAAGCGGACGAGAACUGCCCGCAGCGGGCCUCCAAGUCCGCCCCCACCUCGCCGUGUAACAGCACCACCCCAAGUCCCCCCUCCACGUCCCCUUCAUCCCGCUCCUCCAUGUCCUCCCUGUCGACGACGUCCUCAUCUUCUUCGUCGUCGUUGUCCCCGCUGCUCUCCUCGUCCACAUCACACAAAACCAAAAAGGACAAGAAGUCUCUGUGUUCGUUAGGGAAGAGGAAAGAGACGAUGGUGUGAGGCGAGCGGAGAGGAGGAAACAGACUCCUGAGCGGACUUUUUGUUGUACAGAAACAGACGAGGAGGAUCCUGGGACUUGUAUUUAUGUGUGUCUGCGUGUGUGCGUAUUAUUACAACAGUGUUCUGUGUUACUGUCCUCUUUGGCAGCUAUUUACCUUACCCCUCCAUCCAAAGUGCAUCCCACUGAGAGACAGUAUUUUCCGGAGAGACGUGCACGGCUUCCACCUGCUCUGAAAAGGGAAGCUCAGCAGAAGCAAAACGGGGAUGUGUUGAUUUCUUGAAGAUAGAGGAGGUGCAUUCAAUCCUGUUUACUAUAAAUUUGAUAUUUAAGCAUUAUUUUAGACCUUACGUGGGGCCUGAUGAAAGUUUUACAUUUUUAUAUUCUGAAAUUUAUCGUAGUAUUUUUCUAGGUAUCAUAAAGCAGCACUGUUUUAGCUUUUUUUUAGGUGAAAUGUUUGAAAAAUUGAGCAUGUUUUUGAGCAGUAAAGGAAGAAAAGAAUCCCCAGAAAUCAGGAUCAGGUCUACGACACGAGGAUACAAAUCUAUCUGUUAGAGAUUGUAAUCAGAAGACGUCUUAUUUUUAUACAUUCCUUUGGUGACAGAUGUUAAAGAUCAGGACACUAUUUUUUAUUUCUUUGCAUUAACUGCAGUCGGAGGCAUUAAUUUAAAUCCACGAACUGAAGAGAUUUCAGUUUUUCUCUGUUAGAACAAAGACAUCAUGGUAAUCAUCUGAUGUUCAAAUCAUGUCAGAGAAGAGGAGUUUUGUUUUGAAACAAAAUUUUGAUCUGAGCCAUGUUGGUUUUCGAAAAAAAAAGCUGACUUUUCAGAAUAAUUCACUUUUCAGUGUAGCAUCUUGCAUGGAGCUUUAGUUGUGGACACUGCAUGCACCAGUAGAGGCUGCAGGAUGUAUUUACGAGUCCUGAAUGACGGGACGGAUGAACAGUGUAAAGACUGUGAGAAGAUGAUAAGAGGAAGUUGUUGAAGGAUGAUGAGAAAUGAGAAAAGAUGGAAGAAGAACUGAAAGAGAUUGUUAGAGCACGAUGUUUGACUCCAUCAACUGUUGAAGUUGGUGCGAUGUUCAGGUUGAUGACAGAUGGUAAAAAUCAAGUGAGAGUUAUCGAUGGAAAAAGUAUGUGCCGAAAAGGAGACGAAGAAAGUUUUUGUAAGUGUGUAAAAGAAGUUUUUGUCGUAGAGAUGGAAAAAGAAAAAGAAGACAAAAGGGGCAACAUGUUUGCCGUUAACUGUAUGUAAUUAAAAGAACAAUAAAGAUCUGUGUAAGAUUUGAAACUGAAA